UACGCACAGGGCGCAGGCCUCAUUUUUGCUGCAGACAUCGCGUCGCACGACGGACGUCGUCGUCGUCGGUCUUCAAUGUUAAAGUCGUUGAAUGAUAAAAAAAAAAUCACUUUUUUUUUCUUUCACAUUUGAAUAGCGUGUGUGUGUGUGUGUGUGUUUUUCAAAUUAAUUUAAAUUUUUUUUUUUUUUAUUCUAAUUUAAAAUUAAAUUUGAAAUAUGGCGAAGACAAAAGUUCAAAUGACAAUUAACACAGGAAAAGAGGAUAAUUCAUUAAAACUUAAAAAUGGAUUAACCUCUAAUAAUUGUGAUGACACUAUCAACCGCAAAAUCAACGGAUUCGCUAAACUUCAAACAAACGGCCUCGUACAGCAUCGGACUCUAAAGAAAAAUGAAAUACCAAAGUCGUCUGUACACAAGGAAUCUUUUGAAAAAGUGCCAUUUAUUACAGCAGCUCUUACAUAUUUUGGAUUUUAUAUUCUCAUGUUUUUGGGCUUCGUUAAUCAAUUAUUGUUUACUCCAAAAGUAGCUCAAGAAAAAAAUAGAAAAGGUUACGCUCCACUUUACGAGAGUUUUGAGCGAUUUUAUUUACGCUAUGUUUAUCGUAGAAUAAGGGAUUGUUAUAAUCGUCCAAUUUGUUCUGUGCCUGGAGCCAUGGUCACGUUAAAAGACAGAAUUACACGAGACUAUUGCUGGACCUUUGAAUUUACCGGAACUGAAACUCCAUGUUUGAAUUUGGGUUCCUACAACUACCUCGGUUUUGCAGAGUCAACUGGACCUUGCGCGACAGAAAGUAUAAAAACGCUUAAACAAUUUGGCUGUGCAAGUUGUAGUCCUCGACUCGAAUUAGGGAGUAUGCCAAUUCACGAUGAAUUAGAGAAAUUGACUGCAAAAUUUUUGGGCGUUGAGGAUGCAAUUGUUUUUGGUAUGGGAUUUGCGACAAAUUCAUUAAAUAUUCCCUCACUAGUCAGUAAAGGUUGUUUGGUAAUGAGUGACGAAAAAAAUCAUGCCUCUCUCAUUCUUGGCCUAAGACUUUCCGGAGCAACGACAAAGGUCUUCAAACAUAACAAUGUAAAACAUUUGGAGGAACUUUUGAAAAAUGCAAUAGUUUCUGGUCAACCGGGGAGUGGAAAACCGUGGAAAAAAAUAGUAAUAGUUGUCGAGGGGAUUUAUUCAAUGGAAGGUUCCAUCGUGCAUCUUCCCGAAAUAAUAGCAUUAAAAAAGAAGUAUAAGGCCUAUCUUUAUCUAGAUGAAGCUCACAGUACAGGUGCAAUGGGUAAGAGAGGUCGGGGAAUUGCUGAUUAUUAUGAAAUUGAUCCUCGAGAAAUCGAUAUUCUCAUGGGAACUUUUACAAAAAGUUUUGGAUCUGCUGGUGGAUACAUUGCAGGCACAAAGGAGCUGAUAAAUCACAUACGAAUUUACAGUCACGCACAAACGUAUGCUGUUGCAAUGUCGCCACCAAUUGCACAACAAAUUAUAACAUCGAUGAGAAUUAUUGCCGGCGAAGAUGGAACUAAUGAGGGAAAAAAUAGAAUCAAACAACUCGCUCGAAAUACACGAUAUUUUAGAAAACGAUUAAAUCAAAUUGGAGUUAUUACUUAUGGAAAUGAAGAUUCGCCAGUUGUUCCAAUGCUUGUUUAUCUCUUUUCAAAAAUUGGAGCUGUUGUUCGAACACUCACCACAAAAGGUAUAGCUACAGUUGGUGUUGGAUUUCCAGCAACUCCUAUUAUGGAGGGCAGAAUUAGAUUUUGUCUUUCAGCCGCUCAUACAAAGGAACAAUUGGAUUAUGCUUUAGCGAAUAUUCAAGAAAUUUCCGACAAAUUGGGACUCGCGUACUCAAAAAAACCACGGGACCCAAAUCCAAUAGAGUAUUAUUCAGACAGCGAAACAGAAUGACAAAGUUUCACGGGAAAUGAAAAUUUAUCCUGAAACUAAUAUAAAUGUUUCAAAAAAGACAGCUGAGUUUCUCAGAACCAAAACAAGAAGAAGAAGAGGAAGAAAAAGAAAAAAAAAAAAAAGAAGAAUCGUAUGAUAAUUUCGCGCAGAUAAUUUACCUCUCUCGGAGGAACAAAUAUUCUGACGAAACGAAUUAUAGAAUCGCUUUUUAUAAACUAAUUUAAGAAAAAAAAGAAGCUCUUAAUGGCUUUUAGGAGUAGGCGAUAAAAAAAAAAGUCAUGCCUCUAUCGAAGUAGGGUCCAGAUAAUUAAUUAAGAAACUAAUUAUAAUCUCACGAAUUUUCGAUUUUUGCAAAAAAAAAAAAAAGAAACAAA